GUUGCCUGUGUCUGCAUGCUGCAGUUCUGCCUGUUUCUCUGUUUGCUCUGUGCGUUGGCAGCCAGUCUUUAUUCAUCUGUUUCCUCUCUGGACGCGCACCGUGGAGCUCGGAAACUGUACGGAGCCGGUAUGAAACGUCCUUUCAGCCCAUCUUCUUUCCCGUUUCCUGAGCCGGAAAGGAACGGAGUCGGCACGGCACAAGUAGUGCGAAUGGACAGCAAAUCUUGCUUCGAGAUCCAGGUUGAGGGUGAAAAACUUCUUGACCCAUCAGUGGGGGGCACGCUGCAUUCUCCAACCUACAGACCCAAAAGAGAGCGGAAACAGAGGACCUACACACUGUGUGAGGUCUGCAACAUCCAGCUGAACUCAGCUGCCCAAGCCCAGAUCCACUACAACGGCAAGUCGCACCAAAAGAGGCUGAAGCAGAUCAGCAGUGGCAAAAUGCCAAGCAACACAGUGUCAAACAGAAAGGCUGCAAGAAAGUCUGAACUUCACCCCCAGAGGUCAGAACUGAGUGGCGUCUGUGAGCGAGCAACUCAGCACACGGGUACAUCUGCCCAGGGCAACCCGCUCAUUGCUUCUCUCCCAGUGCCGGGGAGACCUCUGCAGCCUCAGCUCGACCUUAAACACCUCCUACCCUUCAGACUCAAUGGUUCCUCACCUCUUAGCCUCUUCCCUAACUUUAAUACGAUGGACCCUGUCCAGAAGGCAGUGAUUAAUCACACGUUCGGGGUCCCCCAGCCCCUCAAGAAGAAACAGAUCAUCUCCUGCAACAUAUGCCACCUGCGCUUCAACUCGACGAACCAAGCAGAGGCCCACUAUAAAGGCCACAAACACGCCCGGAAACUCAAAGCCAUGGAGGCCCAGAAGAACAGGCAGCGACGAGGUGGGGAAACCUCAACCGCAGGGAAGGAGCGCGACAGAGACCGAGAACGAGACCGGAGCAAGACGGCGUCUUCUGAUGCGCCUCUUCCAGCACCUAUGGACACAAGCUUAGAAAAAGAAACAAGUCUUCAGUUUGAUCCGGAACCAACCAUCCUGGAGGGAAAACUGGAAGAGAGUCCCAGGAGCUCUGUCAUGCUGACACCAGUGUCCGAGGUUUCCUCUGUGGAGCUGGUCACGCUUUCCCCUCCUCAGAUUUCACCUUCCUCGCAGCUCUCUGAGAGCCCGUCAGACACCAGUACCCCGGAGGGUGCUGAGGUUACAGAGGCCGCCGUGGCCACCGAGGCUGUGUGCCUGACCAGCGAGUCAGAUACGGUCGCAGAGCCAUCCAUCACAACAGGGGAGCCAUGCACGGAAGACAACAAAGACCCCAAGAAGAGCAAAGCUCACCUCCACUGUCCUGUCUGUAAAGUCACAGUCAACUCCCUCUCCCAACUGGAAGCACAUAACAGCGGUACUAAGCACAAAUUGAUGCUGGAAGGUCACAGUGUUCUGCCACGGCGAAGGGGGAAAGUCGUUGCAGCUCGGGCCGGCUGCAAGAGCAAGCGGCUGGGGAGCAAAGGCAGCGUCGGGGUGCCUAGCAAGAACUUCCACUGUGAAGUGUGUGAGAUCUUCGUAAACUCUGAAACCCAACUCAGCCAGCACAUGAACAGCAGAAGGCACAAGGAUCGGCUGGCCGGAAAGCCGCCCAAACCCAAGUUCACCCCCCACAGCAAGAGCCAGCCGAGCUCCAGCCUAGCGAGCGUGAGAUGGAGUGGCUAUGCGGGCGUGGCUGUGUCUGCCAUGAAGAAAGCAUUCACCCAGUGCAACCUCGCCUCCCUCUCCUCGCAGACCAAACUGGCCUUGCAGAAGCAGCUGACCAAGAGUUUGACAACUGGCUUCCUGCCCAGCCCCCUCACCCCACCAACUCUGUGCACAGUGGCGACUAACCCGCUGGCUCUGCGCCACCCGGUGGGCACCACCACCUUCAUCCAGACCCCAUUCCUGGGCCCUGCACUGUUCCGGCCUGCCCCGGGGCCGCUGCGGGCCACGCACACACCCAUCAUCUUCUCCCCCUACUAAGGACUUAACCGACCUCCAAGUUAAGCUCUAGCCCUGUCCCUUUACCAAAUCCAAGGCCCUCGUUUUAGUGUGACCACACGACAAAAGUCACAUCCAAACUAUGCAGCCCACCUGACUUAAAACGGGAAGAGUGCACAAAUUCCAAUUUACCGCCGGGCCUAACGGCCUGAGAGCUCUUCUCUUUGUACAGGCCAAGAUCCCCCAUCAUGCCUUCUUUCUGCUCCUUUUAUGGUGACCUCAGGAGCAGCACAGGCCUCCAGACAGUGACUGGAACAAUGAGGCCGCUUUUAUAGCCAUUUCAUGGGUCAACACGGUUUAAAUUAUUGACAUUAUUGUGUAAUCUACUAGAAAACAUAUAUAGGCAAAUCUAGAUGUAUGUUUAGUGUGGUUGCCACAAAAUACGGUCCCUUUACUUGAUGCUCUUAUGAAACCUUUUUUUUAUCUUAUAGGCUUGGAGGUUCAAUGAAACGUUGUUGUAAGUCCUUAAAGCAGCUGAAGCAAAGCCAUACGUGUAUGGCUGCAGAGGCCAGUCUCACUCAUCAGUGUUUUCAGCUGACAAACUUAAGCAAUGCUGUUGCAUGGUGUUGUGGAUAUGGUAAAAAACCAUACCACGUCUUAGCUUAAAGGUAUUGUUCAGAAUUUUUACUGUGAGGUUUUGUUAAAAGGUCAUAAGGAGUUAAUGUCUUACCUAGAGUAGAUGACCCUUAAGCUGCCGUCCUACUGUUUUCUAUCUUGCCAUGUAGGCUGGCAUAUAGAAAAACGUGUGCGUGUGUGUAUGUGUGUGUUUGUGUGAGUGUGUGUGUGUGUGUGUGUGUGUGUGUGUGUGUGUGUGUGAGUGUAAACGUCAAGAAAAUUAAGUGAUUUUGCAGAAAUUUAGUCCGGUCAUGUCUUUGAAGUGCAUUUGUCACUUUUGAUGCCCUCUCAGUUUGUAUAGUGCAUGUGUCUUGGGAUCAGUGGUGUGCAGUCUAGUGUUCUGCUACAGAAUAUGUCACUUUGUUUCAUACCAAAGACUAAGCUGAUCUGGGAAUGAAAUUCAAUGCUCUACCGCCAGCAAGUGGUCAGAUAAUAGUUUGCCGAAUUAAUCAGUGAGUAGGUCAUUCAGUUUCAGUUCCUCAGACGACGCAUUUUCGCUCCUGCAGUAUUUGAGUUGUGUGAGAGCUGCAGAGCUCAUGCUUCUGAAUAUUCGGACAUGUACAAAAAAAAAUGUGACAACCUGAUUUGACUGAUCAUGAAAUUAUGUUUGCUACUGUAUCAAAUGUGUAUGAAGAUGAUGCUGUUGCUCUAUUAAUUUAAGGCAGCAUCUCCCUGUGCUAUGUAAUUGCAAAGCGGGUAUUCAGUAGGGUUACAGGGGUAGUAGUGCCUUCAUUUAGUAUAAAUCCAGAUUUGUUGGUCCAGAACUGAUGCUAACAUCUUGCUAAAAUGGCCCUUGUCUAAUCUUCAAAAAAAUUGCAACCUCAAAAAAUGUCACAAGGGUUUAUGCAAAUUAUACUUUAUGAACCUUUAACAGUUAUCACGUUAACAUCUGUCAAUUAUUUAUACAGAAGGUGCAGAUUAUUAAAAGAGGCAACUAAAGUAGGAGAUUUUGCCCCAUCCUGCUGCUUGAAACACAUGCACAGAACAGAUCAUGGGAAGCAUUUCUGCUCAGACUGAGUAAAUUAAAAUAAAAUCCUGUGAAAAUCCUGAACGUUUUGGAGGGAAAUGUGAAUAAGAAAUUGAUGAUUUUUACUCAUUUUCUUAUUUCCAUUGGUCAGUUAUGCUGACUGGAAAUAUUUUACAUUCUGUUCUUAAUUAAUGUUUUAUACGGGAAGAUCAGGGUUCAGUCACAACACUGAAUAAUUACUGGCUUUUGUGCAAAUAACUGCCCAAUGUAAGUAAGAUGACGGAUUUAGGGUGCGUACAAUGGAACUCGCUCAUUAACGUCUGACGUUUCUGCAUGUUACGUGCAUGUUUGAUUAAUCGGUCUCCAGAUUGCAUUUAGGAGGGACUGUGAUUGCAUGGUUGUUUGACCUGUGGGACUCUGUGAAGCACAGGCACCCGUGAUCUUGCAAGAUGAGGAGAUAUAGACAUGGGAUGGAUGGACAGACAGACAGACAGUGUUGUUUUGGGAAAGUAUAAAGUAGGUUCUGACUCUUCUCAGCCUACCCAUUAACUUUAGCCUCUGAAACCAACUAAUCUGGAUUUAAACUAAAUAAGGACGCCAGGAAAUACGUCACUGAUGCAAGAUAUUAGCUUCCUAUUAACCUUUUAACAGAAACUCACUUCAAAAAUUGAAAAUAAUCCUUUUAAAGUCUCUCAAGGACAAAACGACACCUCACUGUAGGUCUGUAACUAUGUUGUUUGUCUGUGUUAAAAUGCACAAAAAAAACUGCAUUGACAAUAUUUGUUUUUCUUUUAAAGAGCCACAGCCCCUGCGUCCACAUCCUUUAGCCACACAGGAUUAAACAAUCAUUAAGAACCCAAAAAAAAAAA